AUGUCUUGUGGGCUUGGCAAGGCAUGCAGAGGGUCAAACCUACCGAAACUUUUCACCCGCCUCAUACCACUUUUGGUGCUUGAGACAGAAGACACGUCCUGGGUGGGAUACUACGAAGCCGUCAAUUCAGUCCCGCCCAAAUACAGCAGGAGGGGUUCAGUACCAUCAACAACAAACAACAGGCUUGAUUGCUCCCCGAAGGUACCUUGA